GACAUUCUCUUCUACAGAAACCAAAGCCAAAGCCUCGGCCAUCCGUCACCAAGACUCCGUGGGAAAGUAAUUAUUUUGGGGUGCCUUUGUCCACUGUAGUGACUCCAGAAAAGCCUAUUCCCAUCUUUAUCGAGCGAUGUAUUGAGUACAUUGAAGCAACAGGGUUGAGUACUGAAGGCAUCUAUCGUGUGAGUGGAAACAAGUCUGAAAUGGAGAGUCUGCAGAGACAGUUUGAUCAAGAUCACAAUCUAGACCUGGCAGAGAAGGAUUUUACAGUGAAUACUGUGGCUGGUGCCAUGAAAAGCUUCUUCUCAGAAUUGCCCGAUCCCCUGGUACCGUACAAUAUGCAGAUUGAACUGGUGGAGGCCCACAAAAUUAAUGACCGAGAGCAGAAGCUACAUGCGCUCAAAGAAGUGCUGAAGAAAUUUCCCAAGGAGAACUAUGAGGUCUUCAAAUAUGUCAUCUCUCAUUUGAACAAGGUCAGUCAAAACAACAGAGUGAAUCUGAUGACGAGUGAGAACCUCUCCAUCUGCUUCUGGCCCACCUUGAUGAGACCUGACUUCAGCACUAUGGACGCUCUCACUGCAACGCGCACCUAUCAGACAAUCAUUGAACUCUUCAUCCAGCAGUGCCCCUUCUUUUUCUACAAUCGACCAAUUAUCGAGCCCCCCAGUGCUACACCCAGUUCUCCGUCAGCGGUUCCUGCCAGCACACCUUUCUUAUCCAGCACACCUGUGAUGACUCAGCCGUCCCCACCACAGACACCUCCUCCAUCACCACAGUCUCCUCUCCAGCCUCUUCUCCCAUCCCAGCUUCAAGCGGAGCAGCACACACUGUGAACUGGCGUGGGAGAAAGGAGGUUUGGUCUUUUCUCACAUAGCGUGGAGAUUGGAAAGAAAACCCAGGGUUCUGCUGUCCCCCUCUCUCUACCAUCCUGUUGCAAGCUUCAGCUGUGUUGGCAGUCUGAGAAAGCAGGAACAAGUUGGGGCAUCAGGUGCAAAUUUUGAGCGUUCCAGACAGGUGCCUGGGGCUGGAUUGAAGAGGACAUUGGACCUUUCUCUUGUUUGUAGGGGUGGGGGUGGGGGCACUUUUGAGUACUGAAUCUGUUCAAGUGUGAUUGGUUCUGAUCCAAGCCAACCUACGUUCAUGACAACACUACCGAGUUCAGUCUAGGGCUCUGAGAUCUCUUACUUCUGUCCACUUGGCUGCUUGUACAGAACAUGUCCUUUUACUGACUCUUCGCCACACCUUCAGCUGUGCGUGAGAAAGAUUCUGCCAGAGCGCAGAGCCACAGAAACACCCAAACACGUUCCGCAGGAUAUGGUUGAGGCUCAUGCAACAGUUUUAAAAAAAAAGACACUAAUUUUGGGGACCGUAACUCAGAGCAAUCUCACUGCUAGCAGAUCAGCGUAGCUACUCUGAAAGCUGCAUCGCCACAGGUCUGGACCCAGGAUCUCUCUAACAAGUACAGCUUUGUGUGUGGACAAAGCUAGAAUGUAACUUUCUCUGACUUAACUGAUGACCAGGGUGGGAAGUGAGAGGAAUCUCCCUUCAGAACAAAAGGACACUGGAAAAUUAACAUGUUCCCACCAUCCACUGGUUUUAAUCAAGCGAUGAGAGACGUGGCACAGACGAUGGCCCCUUUUCCUUGGAAGCAGAACUACUGUGCAACAGGGUCCUUAGGAGAGUUCAGGCUUGUUUGGCUUAGCCAUGCCUUUUCCUUGACAAAUCACGACAUAUCUCUCACCCUGGUAGAAUUUGGCAUUAGCACUUACAGGAUGAGAGGUUUGGAAACACAGUAGAUGUUUACUAUCAGACAAGCUGGAUUUUGAUUCCUUUAAAACACUAUUGUUACUGAAACACUUUUGUUAAACUGAGUAUGGGGAGGGUGGGGAGCAGGUGGUGGGACUAGAACACUUUUUUCUUUUGUUGGUGGAAAGGUUUUUCAGUCCAGCACUUAUUGUGCAAUGAGGUUGUGAGGGAAGCGUGUGUCUGCAGUGUGUCACAGGGCUCUGAAGGCGCGGACAGUAUUGCAGCUAACUUGUCCAUGGCAGGGACUGCAGUAGUAAGACACUUCUAGCAGCCCUCAGUUGGGUGGCUGCUGAAGCCUCUGUAAAUCUUGAGGACAUUCUGGCUUUGUGAGUAAGACUUGGUGCAAGUAUCCCUGCUAAACGGGAGGGUGGAGUACGUUACUGGUGUCCCCUCAAGGCUCUGAUUUUGUUUGCUUAAAAAAAAUUGGAGCCAGCCUGAUGGCAUUGUGAGAGAGGGACCCACCUUCCAGGCCCUCCUUGUAUCUCCAGCUAGUAGCAGUUAGGUGACACACUUUGGUUUUUUGACAAAGGGUGGCGCCCGUUCACUGCAUUCUCACCUGCUGCUGGUUGACGCCACAAAAUUAGCAAGAAAGGUAGGGAGUGAAUGUUGAAGGGGAGUGGGUGGAAAAAAAAAAGCUGUGCAUGAGUAAAAAGGAUGGUAGGUUCUCAAGGCUCCAUCUUGGACCAGCCUUCAGGAUCCAUACUUGGAUCCCUGGUAUGGUGCCACCACAGAAAAGCGUGUGCAAGUUUAACUAGUGCUACAUGACAUGCAAAGUGCUAAUUUGGCACCUAAACUGCUGUACCUGCUGUCCUCUCCCUCACCUCCAUUUGCAUGUGCUUUGUGUGUAUGUCGUCCAGUCCCAUCCACAGCCCUGCUGUCCUGUCCCCGGCCCCUCUAGAUUGUCAUGUGCGCAUGUCACCUUCGUCCUCCUCCCUCUCUCCUCAAAAGUAAGCUGCUGUGUGUGCGAAUCACCUCUUAAACCUGUGUUUUCUCCCCAUCUCCUCUCUGUGUGGCCUCCCUAUCCUCAGUAACAUAGGGCAGUUUUUAACUGGAGUUUCUAUGGUACCAAUGGGAGAAAUCCCUACAAAGACCCUCCUGUGUCUCCUCGCACUUUAAUAUGGGAUCUGUGGUUUAUCACUAUUUUUUAUCUUUCAAGGAUGUUUGAGUCCCUAUAUCUAGGCAGUUAAAAAAAAUAAUUAAAAACAAAAAUAGCCUCAAAGCACGCCCUGCCCUCCUUACGCCCUUUGGCAUGCAGAGCCAGCUCUCGUGAACUGAAUCCCUCCCAUAAAUAAGCUGGGUUAUUUAUGUACUGACAAAACUGCAUUUAAAGUUAUACCUAUGACAGAGUAAUGUGCUUGAAAGUACUUCUUAUAGCAUUCCUCCAAGUUUUAUAGUCUCAUGCUUUAAAACAAAAGCUUUUAUGUAAAUAUUGGAUGACGGUUUUUUAGAACUUAAACCCCUUCCUUCCCCAUGAGAGCCCUUAGGUUGUGUAUGUGUGAUGCUAAUGUUCUGAGUGGAGAAGGAGAGUUGAAGCCCAAGGUUGAUUCCUUUCAAACCUUUCACCAUAAAAUAAGGACCCAUCUGUGUUCCAUUGGACUCUCUCGCUUCUCUGUAGGCAGUGAAUAUGGGAAAGGUUUUUUUGGUGUUCUUCCUUUGGAUUCUUUGGGGUCAUUUUGCUUUGUGUAAAAAAGUUUGUUUCUGUGCCUUUCUAUAGGUCUGAUGCUAAACUUCUCUCUAGACAGCUCUUGGGUACCUCUUUCCAAAGUCUGCUCAGAACAGAGCUGUCCUGUCUGAGGAUGGUGAGAGGGCGGGACCCCUUCCUUCACACACA